UCAUUUCAAGGAAUAUUUGAAACGUCCGGACCACAAACAGGAGUUCGUGACUCAGUGGCAAGCCGAUUAUAACUCGGUCGCUGAUGACUUGUGGGAUGAUGAUGAAACCAAACAAGAACUGCACCAGAGAGUUACUGACUUGAGAGAUCGCCUGUGGGAUAUUUGUGAAAACAGAAGGGAUGAAGCUGAGCAAGAGCGCAGCGAUAUCAUGAAUGACGGCUGGCUGCCGGAUCGGAUGGGGCUUCUGAUUAAUCACAUCCUUUCACUCAUGCAGUAUGAAGUGGACCGUUUCCAAGAUACCAAGAGACUGCUGCAUGACUAUUACAGAGGAAUGGAAGGCAAAAUCCCCAUGGAGACCAACACGGAGUUUACCCGAAUAGCCCUGAUGGACCUGAUUCAAGGAGAUGAAGAGGGCAAGCUUAAAACAAUCCCUUUAUUAACUCGCAGAUGUCCUUCUCCAGACAUAGUAUUCACCAAGCAAAAAACCAAAGCCUAUCAAGUGAAGAGCGCAAAGGAGGAUUAUCAAGCUUCAGAAAGUGCCUUGUUCAAUUUUAGUUUUGAUGAGAAACUGAUCUUUGAGACAUGGCACAAUGCUCUCAUUACAAUAUCUAACAUGAUCAGUGCCGAAAUGCAAGCCAAAGAGGCCGAGGAAGAAAGGGAGCGCCUGCAGCAAGAAAUCAAAGAGAAAGAACACCAGAAAUCUUCCCAAGCAGCUGCUGGCAAAGGUGGAAAAGAAGGCAAAGGGGGGAAAGGCGGAAAAGGCGGGAAAGGCGGAAAGGAGGCCAAAGAGGGGAAAGGAGGAAAGGAGGGCAAAGGAGGAAAGGAAGCAAAAGAGGGGAAAGGUGGAAAAGGCGCAAAGGAGAGCAAAGACAGCAAAAAGGGGAAAAAGAAAGACUCUUCAUCUGUGGUGGAACCAGCACCCAUCCCUCUGUCUCCAGAGGAAUUGAAAAAACAAGAACAGAAACUUAAAUUGAAGCAGGAAUUUUUUGCUGCACUGGAGCUUGAAGCGGAGGCUGCAAAGGCUCAACUUGAGGUGUUGAAAGUUAAAGCACAUACCUUCAUUGAAGAACUCACCUCAAAAGCCGAACUAACAUACAGGAAUAUGGAAAAAUGGCUUGGAGAGAGAUACCUGGCUGAAAUGUCCAGUGUUGACAAAUUAAUUGAGGUUGCUCGCCAGCAUAUCGAAGCAUCUACUAGAAUCCAGAACGAGCUGGUUCUGGAAGGGACAGAAUUUUACAUUAAUGGUGAUAUUAAAGUAUUCCCAGACCCUGUUCCCCCACCCCGCCCUCCUUCAGUAGAGACAGCUAUGAAUGGUACUCCAACAAUUAAGCAACUUAGCAGUCUUCAUAAGCAGUUUCUUCAGGUGGCACCAAAAGCUUUGGCAGUUCUGAAGCAAAUGAAAAAGAAGACUGUAACUCCAGGCAAGCAAUCACAGAAGAGUCAAGAGUUUCCAAAACUAUGGCUGUCAAAGUACUCUUGGCUGAAGCACGACAGCGGAAGAGACACAAUGUAUUGUGCUUUAUGUCGGAAACAUAAUGUGGACUUAGGAGAAACCACACACAACUUUUGUUCUGGGACGGAUGAUUUCAGAAUUGAAUUAGUCACUGAGCAUGAAAAUGGUGAAGCUCACGCCUGGGCAACUUGUAUGGAAGCAGCCAGCUCUUCCGUUCCAGAUACAGCGACCACUGAGCAGAUAUUAAAGAAUAUGAGCAAAGCAGCCUUAGGAAGAAUGGAGAACCUCUUCAGAACAUGUCAUGCUAUUGCCAAGACUGGGCGCCCUUUCACAGACCUGGACUGGAUGUGUAAGCUAGAUGAUAUGAAGGGUGUAGAUAUCGGCUCCAUAUUUAGAAACGACAAGGCAGCGAGGAUCUUUAUUCACUUCAUUGCCGAAGUGGAGAGAAGAGCCUUAAAGGAGAAAUUAGACCAAUGCAAGUUCUUCUCUCUCAUUAGCGACGGAGUCACAGACGUUGUGAGCACAGAAGCUGCCCUUGUUUAUGUGCGCUUUGCCUACCAAGGGAAGGUCCACUGCCAGAUCGUUGGGGUUCAAUCGGUAGACCAGUACGAUGCUUCAGCGGUGAAAAAUGCCAUUUUGAAAAUAUUACAGACUAAUCUGCAACUCCAUCUCCCAAGCCAAGACUGGGCAAGGAAGCUAGUUGGCUUUGGGAGUCAUGGGGCAGAUGUCAUGGUCGGACAAAAUAAUGGGGUGGCUAAACUAUUGAAAGAAAUCCAGCCACGUGUUCAGAGUGUGCAUUGCCUUGUGCAUCGGCUUGAAAUGGCCUACAAGGAAACCUUGAAGAGCACUCAUCUGUACACUGUUCUCGUGGGUCUCUUGCAAAAUAUGUACUAUUUUUAUCAAAACUCGCCCCUGAAUAAAAGCAAUCUUAAGCUUACAUAUGAAGCCCUCAAGCUGAGGCCAGCGAUUCCUUCUCGAAUUGGUGGUUCCCGAUGGCUCCUUCGCCUACAGACUGCUCUUCAGAUUCUGCUUAAAGGGUACCCUGCAAUUGUUCUACACAUGAGUGAGAUACAAGAGGAACCAUGUUCAUCAGACCACCAGAAAGUGAAAGACCUCUUAAAGCUCCUUCUGAAAACAGACAUUAUUAAGUUUUCCCAUUUCUUGCUGGAUGUCAUUAAUGUCCUCAACAUACUAUCUCGUGUGGCUCAGGAUCAGAAUUCUUCCAUUGCAGAUGUUUUCGCGACCAUUCAGUCAACUCAGGAAACUCUCCAAAUGUAUCGAGCAAGGUCUGGGCCUAGGGAACGCCUAGUGGAAACCACCACACACUUCCAUGGGCACCAGCUAAUCGGAGAUGGAGAUAUAAAGGAAGUCCGAACGGAGCUAUUAGGCAAUCUUUUGCAUCAGCUGCGUGAUUGCUUUUGUGAUGCUAGCGAAGAGGUCUUGCUAGCAAGCACUAUUGGGAGUUUUAAACUAUGGCCUAACAAAAUCAUGCAAGAAUUUGGUGAGAUUGAAGUGUCUGUCUUGACCAAGUAUUAUGAGCCGAUCUUGGAACGUGCUGGCGUGAAGGUUGAUGAAAUGGAGACUGAAUGGACGAUGCUGAAAGCAGAGCUGUAUAAUAGAUAUCAGAACGUCCGAACGUUAACAUGGGGUCUGGUGAAUUCAGAAUAUUCUCAUAAAUACCCAAACAUCUUGGCACUUGUGGAUCUGGUCUUGACACUGCCAGCAAGUUCCGACGAGGCAGCUCGCGGCUUCUGUCAAAUGAAGCUCACCAUGAUGCAGCGGCGUCCGAAGCUGAUGCUUGAAAGCAUGACUGACCUCAUGAUCAUUCAGAUGAAUUCUCCAGAUAUCAAGAAUUUUGACCCCCAGAAGGCUAUUCAGUUGUGGAAUGUUUCUUGGCAGAGGAACAGAAAAGUAGAGGGCGGCCAAUGGAUGGCUUUACGGGAGAGAUCAGAUUGUUCAUCUGACUCCGACUGGGAAAGCAUAUUUGGAAGUGAUUAG